AUGAGUCGUAGAGAGGGAUAUUGUCCAUGCCAUAGAAAUCAUUCCAGGGAGUAAAACCCCAAAGGGAAGGAUCUAUAGGAUGGCUCCGGCCGAGUUGGAUGAACUUCGGCGACAACUGAAAGAGCUGACAGAGAAGGGAUGGAUCCGGCCGAGUACUUCCCCCUUCGGAUCGCUAGUACUAUUUGUGCCAAAGAAGGGGGGUACAUUGAGGAUGUGCAUUGAUUAUAGAGGCCUCAAUGCCAUCACAGUGAAGAACGCAGAGCCUCUACCUCGCAUAGACGACCUAUUGGAUAGGGUGCAGGGAUGCAAGUACUAUAGCAAGAUAAAUUUAAAAUUCGGCUACCAUCAGAUCGCAAUAAGACCUGAGGAUCAACACAAGACUGCAUUUCAGACCAGAUAUGGUCUUUAUGAGUUUGUUGUAAUGCCUUUUGGCCUUUGUAACGCGCCGGGUACAUUCCAGCACGCUAUGAAUAGGAUCUUUCAUGACCACUUAGAUAAGUUUGUCGUUGUCUACUUGGACGACAUUCUUAUCUUUAGUAAGUCUGUCGAAGAGCAUGCAAAGCAUAUUGAGACUGGAUUUUCACUCUUGCGACAGCACAAGUAUAAGGUCAACUUAGAGAAAUGUGAGUUCGGACGCACUAAGAUCUUAUACUUGGGUCAUGAAGUAUCCGCGGAAGGGAUUAGGCCGGAAGAUGCGAAGGUGGCUAGUAUAAGGGACUGGCCACGACCUCAGACAGUUACUGAGGUCAGAUCUUUCUUAGGAAUGUGCGGCAAUUAUAGGAACUUUGUGAAAAAUUAUUCCACAGUCGCCUCUCCUUUGACAGAUCUAACUGGACUUGACACGCCGUGGGACUGGAGUGAUGAGUGCGAGGCUGCUUUCAAACGAUUAAAGCAUGCACUCAUGAAUCAUGAGGUUCUCAUGGUGCCCGAUCCUCAGAAGCCUUUCAUUGUAACCACUGACGCAAGCCAAUACGGCAUUGGCGCAGUGCUGGCUCAACAGGAUGGGAAGAAGUUGAGACCGAUUGAGUACAUGAGCAAGAAAAUGCCAUCAAAGAAACUGGCAAAGUCCACCUACGAAAGGGAACUCUAUGCUCUUUACAAAGCMCUUGUYCAUUGGAGGCAYUUCCUGUUGGGACGGUUUUUCUACUUGAGAACUGACCAUCAGACCCUCAAAUGGAUCAAGACUCRACCGGCUCUCUCUGAUGCACUCAAGYGAUGGAUUGAGGUCAUAGAYCAGUAYGACUUCAAGCUARAGUAUMUGAAGGGAGAGUACAACAAGGUUGYAGAUGCGCUGUCCCGUAGAGCAGACUACCUAGGGGCGCUAGUUUCUGAGUUUGGUGUAUCUCAGGAAGUAACUCAAUCGUUGGUGGGAGCCUAUCAGGAAGAYCCUGUCAUGAUGGACAUCAUYYGCAAACUUCARGCAAAAGACAAGGCCACAGAGAAUGAGUUUGUGAUGGUGGAUGGGUUACUCUUUCUUGAUAAGGCCGGGUGUAAAAGGCCAAAGUGUUUCAUGGACUUCAUGGAUACCCUGGUGACCAGUAGGAGUGGCAAGAGGCACAUCUUCGUCAUCAUCGAUCGAUUCACCAAAUACGCUAGACUAAUUGCCAUGCCAGAGACAGCAAGGACUGACCACGUCAUCAAGUUGUUUAUGGAUAACUGGGUGCGUGACUUUGGACUACCAAAGUCAAUCGUUAGUGACAGAGAUGUCCGAUUCACAAGUGAGCUGUGGAAGAAGACUGCUGAGCACAUGGGCAGUCAACUUCAAAUGACUUCAGGGAAUCAUCCCGAAGCCAAUGGACAAGCCGAACAAAUGAACCGAGUUGUACAACACUUGCUGAGGCAUUACAUCAAGCCCAGCCAGGAUGACUGGGAUGAGAAGUUGCCUCUCAUCGCCAGCCUGUACAACAACGCUGUACACAGCAGUACCGACGCYAGUCCUAAUCAGCUGCACUUGGGAUGGAAGCCUAGAUCAGCUCUAGACUUCCUCCUACCUGAAAACCGAUCCUCUGCAACUCCGGGUACACUUGAGUAUGGUGUGCAAUAUGAGAAGUUGUUGCAGCAAGCUGUCGAGCACAUCAGGAAAUCUCAGCAAGCAAUGAUUGCUUCUGAGAACAAACACCGUUGGCAGUCCUCAUUUCAGGUAGGGGAACGUGUCUGGGUCAAGGCUAGUGAGCUAGGACAGGAAUUUGGAAUCUCUCGCAAACUAAUGCCUCAGUAUUUUGGUCCAUGGGAAGUCCUGGAUAUAGUUGGGGAUGAGAUGGAUGGUCCUACCUACGUUAUCUGUAUCCCUGGUCAUCUGCGCACUCACCCUGCCUUUCAUGCCUCAAAGCUUGCACCUUUCGCUGAGACAGAUCAAUUCCCUUCAAGGAGAUCAAUGUUGCCCCCAACCAUGGAUGGUCAAGUGGACAUUGACGACAUYGUGGAUCACAGAGAUCUGCCUGUUCCAAAGCCACUGGGUAGAGGAAGACCUCCAAAACCCAAGCGGGAGUAUCGCGUCCGAUUCAGGCAUCAUAUGGAUCCGAAGGAAGAUCGGUGGUUCACCAGAGAGGAACUGAUUGACACAGCUACUCAAGUGGUGGCAGAUUAUGAGAGAAUGUUAAAAGGGAAGGCACCUGCGAAGUAAGCAUCUCAGCGGACUUUCGAAGCUAACGGGGAUGGAAUGUGAGGAUUGAACCCUCAAGAAGGGGCCUUGCCAUGAUGUACAUGUUCUGGGCUAAGGCCCCAACAAGC